CAUACUUGAAUGGAGUUGGUUCAAAAACUACCAAGGCUUUAAAGUGUUUUCGUCUUCAUUUGUCGUUUCAAUGGAAGUAAGCGUGAAUAACAGCAAUGCAACCUCAAAGUUUCCUCAGCAACACUCCGACGAUGGAGUUAAGGCCUUGAGCAAAUUUCUCCUAAUUGCCAUAGCAAUAGUUCUGGCUAAUGGACUCGUGUUUGUCUUGUUUUACCGAUGUCCCCGUCUACGCACGUCUUCCAACUAUGUGCUUCUUAGUCUGGCAGUUUGUGACUUCAGUAUUGGCGCUGUCGCUAUUCCAUUCUUCAUCAUUUAUAAUUUUGCAAUUUUGCCAAAAGAAUUGCACUAUGGGAUAUACGCCUCACAUAUAUUACUGGCUGUUUCAGGUGCUUAUCACAUACUCGUUAUUACUGCUCUCAAGUACUUGGCAACUGUCAGACCACUGAAACACUACGUGGUGACCAAGAGAUUGGUUUUGAAAAGUCUGCUCGGGGUUUGGAUCAUUUCUACGGUUUUUGCUGUCAUUCCUCUUGUUUGGAAAGAUACUGAAGCAUCUCAGCGUUGGCAGACCAUCCAUACUGCAGUUUGCAUUGUUGCAGUGUUCCUCAUCCCGUACAUAUUUAUGACUUACGCGUUCAUAGCCAUGUUCAGAACGAUCACGAAAAGGCAGCGACCAUCUUUGGUGAAUAAAAGGCCACGGAAGCAGAAGAAAAACAGAAGUGACCGAAAGUGUAUCUCGGUUUUCGCAACUAUGGCGAUCAUAUUUGCAUGCUGUUGGUUGCCCUACUUUAUUAUCAUGUUAUUAGUCACUGUAGAAAUAAAAGUUCAGUUGUUUAAUGUCAUACAAGCAUUUAUGGUCAUUCGAUACAUCACAUCUUUCGUCAACCCUCUGCUCUACACAUUUUUCAAACGCGACUUCUGGUCCGCCAUAGGAAAUAUGAUGCAGAACAAGAAAAACUUCAGUUCUCAAAGAAGUCAAAACGAGUCUCUUAAUCUCACCAGGCGAUUAAGGUCAAGUGUCAACAGUAGAAGGUCGACAAUACUCGAAAGCGAAGAAGAAGGAUCAAGAAUGAUUCGCGGAGGGAAAAUGACAUUUGGUGGAGAGCCAUCUUAUACAAGCCGUGUUUAACUGGUUUCAGGGUAUGGAACAAGAAGGCAGAGUUAGUACCUCAUAUAAAGAGAUCUAAUUAGUCGCCACUGAUAGCAAUUAUAUGGUUAAAUAAAGACAUGGCUUCUAGAUAUUGUACAUACCCAAUAGGUUUGGUACGCUCCAUUUUCUCUCAAGGACGGAGAUUGUACAUUGUGAAAUAUUUCUUGCCCAAGAAACACAGCACAUGGGAAAAUCGACUGAGCCGGGCCGGAUUGUUCAAAACACGGGAUUAGUAUGAAUUUUUAAUUCACUAGAAUAGUUUAGCAAAGGGAUUUUUUCUCCUUAAUUUUUUUCUGGUUAGUUUCGAGUCAUAAUGAGAUAAACCCCAACUAAAUCUUAGCUCUUAAAUAAGCUCUUCUACACGAGAAACUAAAGCCAAGGUUAAAUUUGAAUCCUAGUUCAAAAUUAACUCGCCUUCGAACAACCCAGCCGAGAACUGAACGCUCCAUGCCUAUUAGAUAAUGUUUGGCUCAUUAAACCAAUCACAUUGGAAAAACGGGAGUGUCUUAGUUAAAGAAGAAGUAUGCAUUAGGGACCAUAGAAUUUCCAUCUCCGUAAACAAAAAAGGAAUGUAUGUCAUUAUGACGUUGGCGAGGAUUGAGAUUCCAAAGAGUGACCUGGCCUUACUUGAAUUCUCCUCAUAUAUGCAAAAU